CGCCGGUCACUGCCAGGUCCCGCCCACGCCACGCCCCCACGCCGACCGCACGGCCGGGAGAAGGCGUGGCCAUUGCCCUGCUGGAGGGUCCCGACCGUCACCUCUCGUGAGAAUCGAUCGGGACGCGCUGGAGGGCCGGCCCUGGGUGGGUGGCCGCACGGUCCGCUGUCCCACGGAGCCGGCGCACGCCGCGCCCCGCCCCCUCGGCACGCAGGCUCGCGCACGCGCGCGCGCACCCGCCAGCGCCUCAGUCUGGCCAGCGGGGACCGGGCGGGCGGAGGCCGGGCCGCUGAGGUACGAGGGGAGGAGCCCGAGCCGCUGCCGCCGCCGCCGCUGCCGCCGCCGCUGCCGCGGGAGAGGAGCAUGUCCGCAAGUCGAGCCAAGAAAGUGAAGAUGGCCACCAAAUCGUGCCCCGAGUGCGACCAACAGGUUCCUGUUGCAUGUAAAUCUUGUCCUUGUGGUUAUGUAUUUAUUAAUAGGAAAUUUCUAAAAAUAAACCACUCAGUGAAAUCAUCGUCUUUUACAGGACAUAGUGCAGCCAUGGCAAGUGGAAACAAUAUUUCUGUCUUUGGAGAAGGCUCCGUUAGUGAAAGGACUAUCCGGUGGUGGUUUGAAAAAUUUCGUUCUGGGGAUCUGAGUCUGAAAAAUGAGCCUCGAGGGAGGCCCAGAUCUGUUUUAAAUGAAGAUCGGUUGAGAGCCAUGGUGGAAGCUAACCCCAAAAAAGCAAUUCGAAGCCUUGCGGCAGACUUAGAAGUUUCUGCUACAACCAUUUCUCGACACCUGGCAGCAAUAGGAAAGGUGAAAAAAUUCGACAGGCAAUUUCACAUGGUUCAGUCUGAUAUCUCCCAAGACCCUAGCAGAGCAUGAAGACUGAGACGCACCUAAGAUACGGCCAAACCACAUGCUGCUCCUGAGUUUUGGGCUUCUUCAUGGCGAAAUGUGGAGCUACCCAGAGAGGGAGAAGGAGAGAAUGAAUUCCAAGGAUUAAGGACCAUGGGACGCUUUACUGCAAAUUCAAAAACAAUAACAAAAGCAGUGACAUCCCUUGGGAUAAGAGCAGCCCUGCACUAUGACACACGUGUGGUGAGCAGAGUGUUGGGUGCUUUCAGUCUUGAUUUACUCCUUUGGCUGAAUGCCCUAGUCUGGAGUCACCUCAUCUUACUGCUCCAUCCUUGGGUUUGUCAAGGAAUCUGCUCAGUGUUUGUGUGGACUCGUGCUUACUCCCAAAAGAGGGAAGCUUCUGCCUUAGCUCAGGCCGAUAGGGAGGGUAGCAGGGCUAAGACCAGAAGUGGGGGAAGGACUUUAUUCCAAGAGCAGUGCAAGCUAAACACGCACAGAGCGAGAGCAGUAGCUUGGCCAGUGUGAAAGAGUGGUGGCGUGUACUUACUUAGUCUGGAUGAUAGUUAUUUUAUGGCCAUCACCCUUCCCUCAAUGCGCAGACCUCUUGUUAAACUUCAGAGCUGGAUGUUGGACUUUGAUCACAAACAGUCAUCCCACAUGAAUGGUUCGGGGAUGGGUAGGAAACCCACACAGAAGCAGUGAAAUGUGAUGAGACAGAAAAAGGAGUGGAUAGAGGAUGCUGAGUUAUCCUAGCGAGCUUCCCUUCCACCUCCAGCAGGGGCGUGGCCCCGAGAGACAGAAAUGGGCCCUGUCGUUCUUGUGAGCACGUGGAUCCAGCUGGCCUGGAACUGGUGCUACAAGUGGUUUGAGUUAUGUGAGCCGGUGAGUACCCUGCUUAAGCCAUUCUGAGUUUGAGUUUUCCAUUUUGGCAAAAGAAAGAUUCCGGACUGAUAUGCUCCUUGAGCCUUAAAAUGAGCCUCAGGAUACCAUGUUGCAGGGUUUGGGGAGUUCAUUAACUGUUCGGGACAGUUAAUGUAAAGCAUGGGCACAGUUGAUGCCCGAUACGUAGUAUUUCGUGCUGUGAGAAGGAAAAGCAUAGGAGGCAAAGCAGGGCCUGGGACACCUCGGGAGGCCCCUCUGUGUCCAGGGCUGGUGAACGCUCAGCAAGGCCUGGUCCCUGGUGCGGACUGUGCAGAGGUGCCCAGCUGUGAAGGAGGCCGGCUCUCAAGUGACUUUGAGCUGGUGGUUUUCUGCAGUGAGUGUUCCCUGAGCCAGUCGUUAUUGGCCACGUAGGAGGAAAAGAAAGCGUUCUUUCAGAACAAAGAUGAGGCCUCUCACUGCCUUUCCUUUGGUGAUUAUUUGUACCUUUUUUCUUAAUCAUAGAUUAUACAGAGUGUAAAUGUUGUGAACAGAAUUAACACCAAAUGAAUACAUUUUCACCAUGUGAUCAUCAUCUCUCCAUUGCUUUGGAAAAGUAGGAACUACAGCUUUAAAUUUAUAACUCUUUAAUUUAGAAGCUGCAUUGGAUUUUCAAGAAAAAUAAAAAUUUUACAAACACAAAAACCAAGCAUCCCAACGCUCUCAUUCUCCUUUCCCAGAAAAGAAAGAAAAGCUUUAAAAGUCUCUUUGGUAGAAACUUUGUUUUGAGUGUCAAAAUAAAGGAAUGGAGUUGGAAGCUGUUACAUCUCACCUCCGCCCCCCGCCCCCCGACACGUUCUCCCCCACCCUCUCAUUUCCCUGAGGUAGCUUGGGUCCUACCGUGGUUCCCCGAAAAUAAGACCUAUCUGGACCAUCAGCUCUAAUGUGUCUUUUGGAGCAAAAAUUAAUAUAAGACCCGGUCUUAUUUUAAUAUAAGACCGGUUAUAAUAUAAUAAUAUAAUAUA